UUCAGACACAGUGACUCUAGCUAGGACAGAGAUGGCUUCCUCUGGCCAUGAUGUUAGUACUUCUUUCGUGAUUCUCAUUCCCAGAGAGACAUCUGCCAGACAAAGGAAACGGGCCUCUGCCCGGCUGAAGGAGGAGGCCCCAGUGAGGGCCACGUCCUGCUGGAGUUGGGUAUGGGGAGAGGAACGGAGAGAAGCAAAUGAAGACGAUCAGUUAGAGCCUAACGGCUUUGCGGUCGUCAAAGCUGAUCCUGGCCAGGUGGUCUGGUGUGCUCAGGUGCCCACAGAUGGCACUGCUCCUGCACCUGCACCGCCAGCUGCCGCUGACACUAUGUUCCUUGGUGUUGUUCCUUGCGCGGAUGCUGAUCUCCUCAGCAGGGCAUCACCUCAGAGCCAUGAUGCUGGCAAUUGCUCUAACCUCAUGGAGGAGACCAGGACGUUCUCAUCGACUGAGAGUCUGCGACAACUUUCUCAAAAGCUCAAUGGCCUUGUGUUUGAGGUACCACAGGAUUGGGGUCCAGAAAGAAGGUAGAAAGGAAAGGAAAGGAUGGUGGAAAACGAGGCAGGGAUUCCCGCGAGACUAAUUCAUGAGAGGCUUUUGUCAUACUUGAGAAGACUUGGAUUUGGACCACAA